CUCCAUCCAAUUCCGCUCGGGACUAUUGCAGUUGAUCCAUCCCCGGGUCGGCUAAUUUUCUCGAUCCUUAAAAAGACUCAUUUAUAAUUGCAGGCAACAGUCAGAGCGUGUUUCGCUUUCUUCCGUCAUCAUGGUCAACGUAUUCAAGCGGAUGCGGAAGCUGAAAAGCCUCCUUAACGUCCGCGUAGGAACCGGAGCUGCAAUUCUUCCCUCUCCCAUCUCUGCGACUAAGGAAUUCCCGGCAAUCACCCGUCUGCACCUCACAUACGCCCAAAAGAUCUAUGGCGGCCACCAAGGCGCACGACAUUUCUGGCGCAACUGUCUGCCCCGACUCAAGUACCACAAUCCGGGCCUCCAGAUGACCGUGAAGCAGACACAAGAUCAGGAAGGGCCGGCAGCACUGACGAUAUACUUCGCGGAGCGGGCAAGCAAUGCCGCGUCAUUGACCGCGGCUAAGAUUGAGGAUAAACAUGCUCCAGCGCCGGAGUCGACAGAGAAGACGGCGGUUGUGGAUCUGAAGAACCUCGAUUAUAAGGAGAUUUGGAAUAAAGUUAAGACCAUGACUGGCGCUCAGGAUGUGCCUGCUACUCCGGAGGAGGAGACGGAGUUAAAAAAGUUUGAGCAACUGCGUCAGCAGUCGGACAAGGACCGGAUGCGGAUAGCUGCUAUGCGGCAGGCUAAGAAGGAUCAAGAGCGGAUGUUACAAGAAGCUCGGGGAGAGAUUGAGAAACUGAAGCAACUGUGAGUCUGAUAGCGACUUUUUAGGAGCUGCGAGAAGACGCUGGGCAUGAUGAACUGUAGCAUAGCCUUUUUUUUUUUCGUUUUUCAUUAUAUGCUGUUUUAGAAUAUGUAGUUCUAGGUGCCCUUUCUGUUA